AUGAAAAUCCCAACAAGUUCAAAAGAGAUAAUCAUAUUCUUGAAACAAUUCACUCCCUGUGAUGUUUCUGAUUCUUUAAACAAACAUGGUGUUGCCAGUGGAGGAUUCAUCCCUAACCUUAUCAACUUUUCACCAACCGCACCGGGGGAAUCUGCUGUGGGGAAAGCAUAUACUGUUCUCUAUGCUCCCAAAUCCGAUCCCAGGCCUGCAGUGAAAAAUGCAUAUAUUGAUUCAGUUCCUCCCGAUUCAAUAGUAGUAAUUGGCCUUCCAUUGGACCUUCAAACUACUACAGCUCCUUACACGAAAGUCAACAAUGCAAUGUACGGUGGCUUAAUGUCAACUAGAGCUCAAUAUAGUAAAGCGAACGGAUCAGUUAUCUUUGGAAGAAUUAGAGACUUAGAUGAACACAACGAUUUGAAAUAUCCCGUUUGGUCGUAUGGAGUAGGAACGUCUGCUCCGGGCUCAUUAUUAAAAGUUGUUGGAAUAAACAUUCCGUUGCAAGUUAAAGUUCACGGGUUGAGUCAAGACGAAGAAGUGAUAACGGUGAACCCUGGCGAUUACAUCAUUGGUGAUAAAAACGGUGUUGUUAGUUUGCCUGAUGAUGAACAGUUACCUUCUGUAUUGGAGUAUAUUCCCAAGCGAGUAGAAGCUGACACAAAAGUGAGCCAAGAUAUUAAAAAUGGGAAACCUGCAGCUGAAUCACAGAAGUUCUGGCGAAGUAAAAUAUAA